AUGUCGAAGGUGGACGCAGCAGGGGUUGUAGAAUCAGAGGAGGUGCGGGGAGUCAGUCCUGCGCCCGAGGUAUUGGAGGAUGACUCUUGCAUUGGUGCUGAAGUUGAGCUCAUGGUCGAUCGGGGGGAUGGUGAUUGGUCCAGAGAGACGUCGGGAUGUUGCUUGGAGAGAUAUCUGAAGAGUAUGUGAGAGGCGACGGAGGAGUGAUAGAGAGUCAGAUAGAGCGAGA